AUGGCGCGCCCCUCGCGGCUCUACCUCCUCGCCUACAACUCCCUCCAGGCCAUCGGAUGGUCCGUCGCCCUGCUCUGCCUGCUGCCCUGCGUAGCCCCUCCGUUCUCCGUCCGCCCCGCGUACGCCGCCGCCGGCGACCUCAUAUGCUUUCUGCAGACCUGCGCGGUUCUUGAGACCGUCCAUGCCGCCGUCGGACUGGUACCCACCUCGCCGUUUCUUGCUUUCCUGCAAUGGGGAGGGAGGACUCACUUCAUUCUCGCCCUUCUCCGGCAAAUCCCUGAGGUUCAGGGCAGUCCCUCUGUGUUCAUAACGUUUAUGGCUUGGAGCAUAUCUGAGGUCAUCCGAUACUCUCACUAUGCUCUGACUACGUUAAAAGUUUGUCCAGCAUGGAUGACUUACCUCAGGUACACUGCCUUUAUCCCGCUGUAUCCGAUUGGGGUAGGACCAGGAGAAAUGUGGACUAUGUGCCAAGCUCUUCCAUUUGUGAAGGAAAGGGAUCUCUACUCAGGAUUCUUUGCAAAGUUCUCCAUGAGCUACCAUUCAUUUCUUGUGGGUGUGCUACUGUGCUAUCCGCUUCUGUGGCUGAAGUUGUACCUGCAUGUGUUCAAGCAGCGCAAGUCCAAGCUGGGAAAGGGGGGCAGGAAGAAACGAGCGUGA